GCGUCAGUCACAUGAUGUAAAUACGCAUCUAUAAAUUUUUUUGAUAAAUCACAAAUCCAAUAUAAAUGUCUAUUAUAUAUUAUAGGGUAUAAUAUCAUUUGAUGUAAUGGGAUUCUUCGCUUUUUUUGCAUUUAUUUCUAUCUUUUCUAUUACCUACUGCAAGCCUUAUGGAAAAGAUCAUAAUGUAAUUCAAACUUACUUCAGAAAAACUGAUGAAAAUAACAAAUAUAUUGAUCGAUCAUCACCUGAUUAUGAAAAUGCUCUUGCAAAGCCAUUUAUUAAUAAGAUUCUACAAUCUGAUGCUGGUGCUUCCCUUAAAAUUUCUCCUAGUGUUAUAGAAAACGGAGGUAGUGUUACCAUAGAAUGGUUAGGAGUUAAUAAUUCAACUGAAAAAGACUUUGUAGCUUUUUAUUGCCCUCCUGAUGAUAUUUCAACACAUUUCCUGGAUUACUUUAAUGUAAAUAACAGCCCAACGUGGAGUAAAGGUUUUGGCAAGUGGACUGUUACUGUUUAUAAUAUGAGAACUUCUUGCAUAUUUAAAUAUUAUCGCAAUGGUAAUGUUUCUCAAUUAGUAACAAUCAGUAAUGAGCUAUCAUUUCAAGGUGGACCUCUUAGUCCUUUACAAGGUCAUCUAUCACUUACAAGUAAUCCUACUGAGAUGAGAGUUAUGUGGGUAUCAGCAGAGGUAAAUGGAAUUGUAAUGGUUCGAUAUGGGACAACUAAAGCUCUUGAAAAAACUUCUUACAAAUCUUCAAUGCAAACAUAUUUUGCAUCUGAUAUGUGUGAACCUCCAGCAAAUUCAUCAGUGUUUAUAGAUCCCGGCUAUAUCUAUGAUGUCCUUUUAUAUGAUCUGCAUCCAAACACAAAGUACUAUUACUCAUAUGGGACAGAGGGACACAUGAGCGCCAUACUGAAUUUUACAACUGCAAUUCCUGCUGGGGACAGUACUUCAUACAAAGCUAUAUUUUAUGGCGAUAUGGGUGUUGAUCCUUAUCCAGAGGCCGUUACCACAGCAAAGCUUGUGCAUGAUGAAGUUUUAAACAAUGACAUAAAAUUUAUUUAUCACAAUGGUGAUAUCUCAUAUGCAAGAGGUUAUGCUUAUAUUUGGGAACAGUGGUUUAAAUUAGUGGAGCCUUAUUCUACCCUUGUACCAUAUAUGGUUGGUAUUGGUAAUCAUGAGUAUGACCAUGUAACUGGUGGUGAGAAAGAUCCUAGUGGUGCUCCUGGAGAUGGUGGUUUUCGUCCAGAUUGGUUUAAUGGUCACUCAGAUUCUGGUGGCGAGUGUGGUGUUCCAAUGUUUAAACGAUUUCACAUGCCAGACACUGGACACUCAAUUUGGUGGUACAGUUAUGAUUAUGGCUUAGUUCAUUACAUUAUGCUAUCUUCAGAGCAUGAUUAUUCUCCAAAUUCAAAACAAUAUAUAUGGUUAGAAAAUGAUCUGAAGAAUGUUGAUCGCAAGAAAACGCCUUGGGUAGUUGUUGGUGCACACAGAGCUAUGUAUUGCAGUGCAUUACUUCCAGACGACUAUAUUGUUGCAUUAAAUAUGCAACGCCUUUUUGAAGAUCUUCUUUAUAUCUACAAAGUGGAUUUAGCAUUAUGGGCGCAUUAUCACUCUUAUGAACGCACAUGCAAAGUUUAUAAAAAUAAAUGCCAAGAUGAUGGUGUUACACAUCUCGUAAUCGGUUCUGCUGGGAGAAGUACUGACCCCGAUAUUUGGUUCAGGAAAGAAUGGUCAGUUUAUCAUAUCAACGAUUACGGUUAUGGAAAACUUACUGUCGUUAAUUCUACAGCUAUGUAUUGGGAAUGGAUUCAGAACAAAUCAAAAAAAGUUAUGGAUUCAUUUUGGUUGACAAAAUAAAAGAUAACAACUGUUGCUAUUGUGCAGUUUUUUUAUUUGUGUUUCACGUUGCAGUUUUUAAAUGUUUUGUUUGUUCAUAAUUUAUAAAAAUUUUUUGGGUUUUAAAGUUUUAUCAUGUUUUUUAAAUGUAGUUAUUUUUAUACACAUUUUUAAUUUUUUUUUUAAUCAUUUUUUUUAGUAUUAUAAAAAUUGUAAUAUAAAUAUAAAACAAAAGUUAUUGUAUUAGGCUUGUGGUAGGCAAGAUCUCGUAUCGUUUCGACAA